GUUGGUAAAGUAUUGGGUGAAGGUGCUGGUGGUUCUGUUCGUGUAAUCACUAGAGAUUCUGAUGGUUUAACCUUUGCUGUUAAAGAAUUUCGUCCAAGAAAAAAAAAUGAAUCGAAAGAGGAAUAUGCUAAAAAGUGUAAUGCUGAAUAUUGUGUUGGUUCAACUUUACAUCAUCCAAACAUAAUCAAAACUUUGGAUAUCCUUCAUAGUUCAGACUCAUCCAAGUUUUUUGAAAUUAUGCAAUAUUGUCCAAUUGACUUUUUUGGCGUUGUUAUGAGUGGUAGAAUGGCAAGAUCUGAAAUCAAUUGCUGCUUCAAACAAAUCGUAAAUGGUGUUAAAUAUCUUCAUUCAAAUGGCCUAGCUCACAGAGACUUAAAAUUAGAUAAUUGUGUGGUCACAUUUGAUGGAAUCGUUAAAAUUAUUGAUUUUGGUUCAGCUUUUGUAUUCAAAUACCCUUAUGAAGAAGUCUCUCACAAGGCUACUGGUGUUGUUGGUAGUGAUCCUUAUCUAGCUCCUGAAGUUUUAUCUCCAAAUAAAUAUGACUGUGAACCUGUUGAUAUUUGGUCAAUUGGUAUCAUUUACUGCUGCAUGACUUUAAGAAGGUUCCCAUGGAGAUGCCCCAAAAGCACUGAUUCAAGUUUUAAAUUAUUUGUCAUGCCUGAUGAACACCCUCAUGAUUAUGUUCAAAGUGCUAAAGACCAUCAUACAUUGCUAACUAAAAGAAAAGGAGAAAAAUUAUUAAAUGAAAAACUGGAAAAAGGGAAAAAGGAAAAGGAGAAACAAAAAGAGAAUAAUGAAAAGAGUGAUAAAAAAAGUGAUAAAGAGACUUUUGUGGAAAAUCCUGAAAUUAAAAUUGAAACCGAUAAGGAUCAAAAAACAGAUGACACUGCUAGUGAAGAGGGUGUUGCUAAAAAUUUAGAAAAAAUGAAAAUAAAUUCAACCGAAAAGCAAACAAGUGUCUCUAUUGAAACUAAUAUUAAAAAGGAUAAAGAUUCUAAAGAUCCUAAAGAUUCUAAAGAUUCUAACAACCCAAAUGAACAUGCAGAUGCAAACAAAAAAUUUAAGCAGCUUCAUGGUCCAUAUAGACUAAUGAGAUUACUUCCACACGCUUCCAGACAAAUAAUAUCAAGAAUUUUAGAAAUAGAUCCUGAAAAAAGAGCAACUAUGAAGGAAAUUUAUGCGGAUCCAUGGUUUCAAUCGAUAUUGUUUUGUUCAGAAGAUGAACAUGAAAAGCCAGUAAAUGCUUUAAAUCAUAACCAUACUAUU